GGUCCGAGCAGUUGCCAUAGAAACAAAACUCUUGUCAGAAAUAAAGUUAUCCUAGAAAGCGCAUACUAGCAUUAUGACUGAUCGUGUCAGAGUAACUUAGGGAAGCUCAGCUGGAUUUAACACAUGGAGUGUGACUCCGGAGACCAUCCUCUCCCAUGCUGAGAGGAAAAAAUGAAGAAUUGUCAUUAAUCAGAUACUAAAAAACAAAGAACGCCAACAGGAGAAUGAAGAAUUUCGUUGGAAAGGAGCAAAAGACAUGUAUCCUUUCUUUGCUUUUUCCUGUGAUGUUCUCAAUUUUCUAUAAAAUGGUGCACGCUUCUGCAUAUGUAGCCAGGAAAUUACUUGGAGUCUGUGUUGAAAAUAAUAGUCGAAUGUUAAGAAAGGAAAUUUGAGGAGAGAAAAACAGGUUUAAGUGUUUGAUGAUGAAUUUAAAUGCACAUUGCAUGUCAGAUAUAACUUCUUAUAUGUAUACGUAAUUAAAAUGUAACAUUUUUUAAAUUCUUAUGAAAAAAAUAACAUAAAUGGGUUUGUUAGGGUUGGUUCAGUAAUUAUUAGAAGUAUAUAAAACAAUAGACAAUUAAGUCCCCCCACAAUAGUGUUUGUAGAUAUGAUGCGGUACUGGUACAGCCUUGCAAAAUCUGUAUCUCCCUUGGAUAAAAUCUUACCAUAAAACCAAAUUUUGUUGAUGCUUUUAUAUAUGUUCAUGUUCGUUCUCUAUGAGGUGUCUGAACAUGGUGUCUGUGGUGAAGAAAUGCAAAAGCCAGCUGUCAUUGCUGAUGCAGAUAAAUAAGGCAGAAGUGUGGAGCUAUGAUCGCCCCGUGAAACCAAACUAGAUUUUCAACAUCCUCAGAUCACAGGCAGCUAGUUACAUAGCCAGUAAUUCCUCUCCUCCUGUCGACCUUUCGCUAUUUUAUUAUGGAGGCCAGGGGAAAAUAUGACUUUAAUGGCACGGCAGAGGAUGAGCUCAGCUUUCGAAAAGGAGAUAUUCUGAAGAUCCUUGGAUCUCAGGACGACUGGUUUAAGGCAGAGCUACAUGGUCAUGAGGGCUACAUACCCAAAAACUACGUUGAGAGACAAUCACCAAGCUGGUUCAAAGAGAAUGCCAGCCGUGGUUCAGCAGAAGAAAUGCUCAUGUCCCGGGAGGUCGGAGCUUUUGUGAUCCGAGGCAGUCAGAGUUCUCCUGGAGACUUUUCCAUCUCGGUCAGACACGAGUGUGACGUUCAACAUUUUAAAGUUAUGAAGGACAAUAAGGGCCAUUAUUACCUGUGGACAGAGAGGUUUACCUCCCUCAACAUGCUGGUGGACUUCUACAAGACCACCUCUAUAUCCAAGCAAAGAGAGAUCUUUCUCAGAGACGGAAGCGAAGCAGAGCCAAGAGCACCUCAGCCUCCGGAAGUUCGACCUCCCCCAGGUGGCGGCUAUGGUGGUCCCCAAUCUUCAACACAACACCGCAACACAGCAGAUCACAGCCAGAAGAGUAAGAGGGCCAGUGUUGAGGACAAAGCUAACACUGUGCCUCACCCAGGAAGGAACAGCCCUGCACCUCGACGAAGCUCAGAAACUGCUCCGAGGCCGAUCAUGCAGGUCAGAGCCGUAUAUGACUUCCCAGCAGAGGAAGAUGACGAGUUGGGCUUCAAUGCAGGAGACAUCAUUGAAGUUCUGGACCGUUCUGAUGCAUCAUGGUGGAAAGGACGAUUGCGUGGCACGACGGGUCUUUUCCCUGCCAAUUACACCGAUCAGAUCUGACACCCUCACAUCGCUCAGAGGAGUGGAACCACCUUGCCGACGGUCAAAACGUAAUUUGAAGCAUUCUGUGCCGGUCUGUAACAUAUUGACUAAUGUUCGGUAUGGUCUAUAAUUUCAAGACUUUCGAUUUGAGAAGGAUGGCUGCAGCACCGUUCAAGAGAACUGAGAUUCCAAAUGUUUUAUUUAAUAAAUAAGGUACGAAGAAACAGACCAUUACCCUUAUAAGCCAAAUUCCCCCAAAGGACGUGAUCGUUUCCUUUAUGAAAUAUUGAACUGUACCUCGUACAAUAACCCUCUUAUCUCAUUCAUCAUGUCAAGAAGUUAAUAUUUCCUCUUCAGUAGGACACUAACCAUCAUAAUAAUGUUUUUACAAAUAAGAAACCAGGCAGAAGAGUUCUUGUUUAAUUAUUGUUUUGAUAUGCAGAAUGGAAAAAUACAAAUGAUUGGUAUGAUCUAAAUAAACAUUACCUUUUAAAACAUAA